AUGACUUCUAGUGAAUUACUUCAAAUUAAAAUUCUUUUUGAAAGCAUUCAAUCCAAUAACCCAAAAACUAUAAUAAAACAAAUAAAUGAAUUUAUAAAAAAAGUAGGAAGAAAAGGAAUAAUUUAUUAUUUAUCAUUAUUAUUAUCAACAAAAUAUAAGAAGAGUACUGAAAUAUAUUAUGAAGAAUUAUCACAUUUUAUUUCUCAAUUAAUUUCAUCACCAUUUUUUGAAGGAAUUUUCUUUGAGGCAAUAAAUUCAAUUCAAUUUAAUUGUGAUAUAUCUAAACUCACAUUAAAAAAACAUGAAUUACAAUUUCUUCAACAUCUUCUUGCACUUCAUCAUGGAGAAUUUCUUUCAUUGCCAAUUGAAAAAACAGAUAUUCCUAAAGAUGAAUUACUUCAAAAUUUUUAUGAAGAUCCACAUUAUGUAGUGAAUAUUACACAAUCUACUCAUCCAUCUCCAAUUUUUGCAUUACAUUGGACUAAUCCAAUAACACUAACAUUACCUCAAAAUACUAUUAUAUUACCAAUUAGAGAAUUAAUUGAAGAAUUUAGUAAUGAAGAAUUAAAUGAAUUUAUUACAGAAUAUUAUUUAACAACAGAAGAAUGUAUUUUAUGUCUUGAUAUUAUUUGUAAAAGGAAAAUAGGAUGUAAUACACCAUUUUUAUCUAAAGUUGAAUGGUCAGUUGUAAUUAGUCAAUUUAAUAAAGAACUAAAAGAAGAAGAAAUUAAUUACAUUUGUUUAUAUUUAAAUAAUUGUAAAAUAUCAACAAUAUCAUUUAAUUUAUUAAUUUCAUUUAUUACUUAUAUUCUUUCAAAUCAAAAGAAUAUUAAAAUUAUAAAACUAUUAGUUCUUUCAUUAUUUAAUCAAUUUAAUUCAAUAGAAGAAUUAUUUAAUUCAAAUGAUUUCUUUGAAUAUAUGAAAUCAAAAGGAAAUGAUGUAAUAAAUUAUAAUAAAAUGAAUUCAAUAAUAAUAGAAAUUAGUAACAAAUAUCCAAAUGUUAUUUGUAAAUAUAUUGAAUGGGGAAGAAUAGAAGUAAUAAAAGAAGUAAUAGAAAAUCAAAGAAUAUUAGUAUUUUUAAUUGAAAACAAUAAACAAACAAUUGAGUACUUAAUUAAAGAAUAUGAAAAAUCAAGUAAAAUUAUUAGUAGUAUCAGUAAAGUAAUUAAUAGUAAUAAUUUAGAAUUAAUUUUAAAAUUUAAAUCAAAUAAAUUAAUGAUGAUUGAUUUAGCUUCAAUACUUGGAAUAAAUGCAAUUCAAUUAAUAUUAAAUGAGAAUAUGAAAGAAAGUAUUUUAUUGUUUUUAAAAUAUAAAGAAGAAAAAAAUCAAAUUGUUAGUAACACAACUCUUUCUAAACCAAUUUAUACUAUUUUAAUAGAAUUUAUUAAAAUUAAUAAAAUUGAAAAUCAAAUUAGUUUAAAUGAAAAUGAAAUAAAUUUAUUAGAAGAAGUAUUAAAUAAUAAAAUUACUAUUAAUGAAUUUUGUAACUCAUUUGAAUGUAUAAUUAAAAACCAAAAUGAAAUAAACAAAAAUAUUGUAAGUGAAAUACUUCAAUUUUUAUGUGACGGAUUGAUUCAACCACCAAUUAAAGGAAGUUCAAUAAUUGGAGAUAUUGUAGGAGAAUUACUUAAAAGAAAAAUAAUAAAAGGGGUGAUGUAUAUUCAUAUUGUUAGAAUUAUUAUAAAUCAAUUAGACGAUAUUAACAAACCAACAUUUUAUAAUUCUUUAAUUGUUCUUGAAAAAUUAAAAAAAACUGGAAUUAUUAAUGGAGGAAUUGCUAAAACAUUAAGAAAUUAUUCACAUAUUAAUCAAAUUAAUACAGAAUUAUAUUCAUAUAUUAAUGCACAAUGUAAUAAACCCAGAGUUUCUGAAAUGGAUAUAUUAAAGUCGUUAAUAAAUGAAAAUUAUUUUAAUGAACCAAUGAAAAAAUGUAUUUCAAAAACCAUUCAAAAUUUAAUAAAUUGGAUAUUUAAUGAAAAUGAUAAUUUUAUUAAAGAUAUUUCACAUGAAUUAAAAGAUGAAAUUGCUAUUUUUAUUGUUGCAAUUCAUUCUACUAUCGAACAACAAAAAAAAUUAUUAAAAAUAUGUGAUUUUGAAUAUCAAAUUCAAUAUUGUACUACUGCAAUUCAACAUAAUCAUUUUAAUAAAAUAAGUCAUAUUGAUCAUUGUAUUGGAAUUGGAAAAUGGUUAGGUACUUUAACACUACAUCAAAAUAAACCAAUUUUAAUGAUUCAAUUAAAUUUAAAACCAUUUAUUAUUAGUAAAUGUAAAGUUCAUUCAAUUGAAGGUGCUGGAUUCUUUUUGGUUAAUUUAUUAAAAGGAAUUAAAGGAAGUAUUUUUACAAUUCACAAUCCUUGGAUAUUUCCUUUAAUUGAAAUACUUAAAGAAAUUUAUAAAUUAAAUCUUUCUGGUCUAAAACAAGAAAUUGCUUUCUUCCUUGAACAAAAUGGUAUUUCUUUAAAUUUAAUAAAUUCAAAAAAUUCUAGUACUUCUUUACAAUUAAAUGAAUUACCAGUUAAAAGUUUGAUUAAUAUUCCAAAUGAAGAAUGUAAUAUAAAAAUUGAAAUUGACAAAAUACCAAGAAUUAUUUGUACUACUGAAUUAACUGAAAAAGAAUGGAAAAUAAUUUUAAAAGGAAUUAUUACUUCAACAAUAAAAGAAGUGAUUGAAGGUAAAAAAGGAAUGAUAGAAAGAUUAACGUUAUCAAUAAAAGAAUUAAUAAUGAAAGAUAUAGAAAUGAUAAGUAUUCCAAAUAAAUAUAAAAAUACAAUACUUCCGAUGAUUAUUUGUAGAUUAAAUAGUAUUAGUAUUAUUAGAAUGAUUAUUAGUAAUAUUCAUAUUCCAAUUUGUGAAUGUUCUAAAGAAAUAUUUAAUAAAAUGAUUCUUUAUUAUAUUCCUCAAUGUUGGAUGGAAUACAGAAUAAUACCAUUUGAUGAAUAUAAAGAAAAAGUAUUUAAAUCAAUAGAAGUAUUUAAUACUAUUAUUAACCAAAAAACACUUGAAGGAAUAAUAAAAGAAUUAUUAAAAAAUAUUAGUAUUUCAUUAAAUGAAAAUCAAAUUUAUGAAAGAAUUAAUGAAGAACAAAAAUUAAAAUUAAAUAAUAUUCCGUUUGAAAAACAAAUUGAAUUGAAUCAAAAUAUCGGAUUUCAGUUUAAAAAUAAAAAAUGGACCAUCUCAUUAUUUGAUAAAGAAGUUGUUAAAUUAAUUGUUCAUUUUAUUUGUAUAACAAAUGAUAAAUUAAUUGGAGAAUUAUUAAUAAAUAAUUUUAUUCAAAAUCAAAAUAUAAAUAUUCAACAUAAAACAAUGAAAUAUUUAAUAAAAUCAUUAAUUUAUGAAGAAGAAACAAGUGAAAAUGGAAUAGACUAUAAGUUAUUUGAAGAAAUUAUAGAAACUAUUAUUGAUAAACAAGAUAACUCUUCUCAAGUAUUUUUUAUUAAAAAUUUAUUUAAAGGAAUUAAAGACCUAAUAAACACAGAAAAGAAUACUAUUAAAGAAGAAAAGAUUAAAAAUAUAGUUAUUAUAUUAAAACAUUAUAUUUCAUUUAUUCUUAAAAUAAAUAACACUUCUAAAAUUUAUAUCAUUAUUAUUAAAUUAAUUGAUAAAAUCAAUAAAAUUAAUAAUUAUUUAGAAUGGGACUUGACCCAAUUAUUAUUUAAUAUAGAAGUUAUUAAUAAUAUUCUUAAUAAUAACAACAUAGAUUUAAUUGCUUUAUACUUCAGUACUCUUUGUAAUAUAUUAAAAAAAUUAAAUUUAUUAUUAAUUAAUAAUAAUUCUUAUGAAUUUGAUGUAAUUAAAAAUGCUUUUGACUAUAUAAAUAAAGAAUAUAAUCAAUUUUUAAAUGUUUAUAAAACAGAUAUUAUCAACUCAUUACCUGAGAAAUCUUCUCUUUUAAACAUCGUUAAUGAAUCUUCUCAUUAA